CAUGUUGAUCCUCGUCGCUGGCUACUGAGCAUACUGAGUAGAAAACUUGUUCUCGCUGGUGUUGUGUCUGCAAACCACUGUUGCAUGGAUAUUACUCUGGACUCCAGGCCAUGUCGCCACGGCCAAUCCUUGAUCUGGUCGAGGUGACUCUCUCAUCAUUUUCCCUUUUUCUUAUUCUUCUUGUUCUUCGCUUUGUUCUUCCUGUUCCCGCCGCCGCCAUUCUGAGGUUGGUUUGGAGCCCGCACAGGAGACUCCUCUACCUCUUCAGGCUCCUCUACCUUUUCAGGCUCCUCGACCUCUUCAGGCUUCUCUACCUUCUCAGACUCUUCGACCUUUUCGGGCUCUUCGGGCUUGAGUUCUCCAGACUUAACAGUCGAGACUGGCUCCAGAACCUUGGGCUCGCUCACGAACGAGUCCAACACCUUGUAGAAGCCCUUGCCGAAGUAAUUCGCACUAUAGAACGCCGCGAAGAUGACGGGAAUCUUCUAGAUGCGAAUCGGGUUCGCCCAAUACAUCCAAAACUUCAGUCGCCAUGUCCAGAGCUCCUGUUUCGCUGUCUGCCAACGUCGAAAUCGGCUCCUAACGUCUCCAAGACAACAUCGAAACCGGCCCCAAAUGUCUUCAAGCCAACCUUGAAUACGGCCCCAAACGUCUCCAAGCCAUAGUCGAAAGCGGCUCCAAACGUCUCUAAACCAUCUCCCGAUGCGUCGUGGCGAGAAGUCGUAUUCAGAAAAGAAUUGCCAAUAGAAGCGCCAUAGCGAGACGCAGAGCAACACGAUCAAGACUGCGCGAAAGAUGAUGUAGAACAGCAAGACGAAGAGGUCGAUGAGCUCCUCGCGUACAACAGGGUCCGGAAUCCAGUAGGAAAUGU